AUGAAAAGUUUUAUUGAUCUUGAUUUAGCUGAAAAAAUCUAUUUUUAUAAACGAGAAUAUUUAUCAACAAAACAAGAAUGGAUAAAUGAAGCAUGUAAUCAAUUAAGAAAUCGUCUUAAUUAUUUAAAUAAUAUUCUUUAUAAAAAAUUAAAUAGACGUUUAACUCGAGCUAUUGACAAUUGUAUUGCUUCAUGUCGUUAUCAUUUUUUUGCAUAUGAUGGACCAAAAUAUAAAAUUUUAAGUUUACCUUCAACACCAUUCGUUGGAAAUGAUUUUCAUUAUCCAAAUCAAGAAUUUAAACAUCCAGAUGAAAUAAAUCAAUUAAUUGAAAAUGAUCUUCAUUAUCAAUCCUAUGUUAUGGCGCAUAAUGGUUGGGUUAUGAAUAAUGAUCCACUUCGAUGCUUUGCUGAUGAAGGUCAAUUUGUUUAUUUAUGUCGAGAUUUAAUUCAAUGGUCUGAUUUAAUAAAACUUCGUUGUGGUUCAAAACGUGAAGAUUGUCCAUCAUUAUAUACUUAUAUGAAAGAAUAUACACGUUUAAUAGCAACAACAUUUCAUGGUUGUCGUCUUGAUAAUUGUCAUUCAACACCGUUAUGGUUUGCACAAGAAAUGAUGGAUUAUGCUAGAGAAAUAAAUCCUAAUUUUUAUAUUAAUGCUGAACUUUUUACAGGAUCUCAAUCAAUUGAUAUUCAUUUUAUUAAUCAAAUUGGCAUUAAUUCUUUAGUGAAAGAAACAUGGCGAGUAAAUCAUUGUUAUGAAUUCGGUGAAAUAAUUUUGUUAACAAGUGAAAGUGAUCCAAUUGGUUCAUUUAAUAAAUCUCGAAUAUAUAAAUUGUUACCAACAAAACCAUAUUCAUGGUUUUAUGAUCAAACUCAUGAUAAUCCAUGUCAAAUUGAAAAAAGAUCAGUUGAGGAUUCAAUAACACGUUCAGCUUGUGUUGCUAUGGCAAAUUGUUCUACCGGUUCAAAUCGAGGUUAUGAUGAAUUAAUUCCACACUAUAUUGAUGUUGUAAAUGAAAAUAGAUUGUAUUCAAAAUGGGGUAAUCAAAAUAAAGAAGUAAAUGAAAAAACUGCAAUUAUUUCAAUAAAAAAAUCUUUAAAUACAUUACAUAUUGACCUAUUUCAACAAGGUUUUACUCAGUUAUUAAUUCAUGAGUUAUGUGAAGGCGUAUUAUUAAUAACUCGCUAUAAUCCUGAAACACAUAAAUCAAUAUUAUUAAUAUGUUAUACGUCAUUUAUUAAUGAAAAUAAUAGAAAAAAUCGUUUAAAUACAUUAUCAAUCGAAGGAAUUAUUGAUGAAAUUUUUAUUGAAUCAUCAAUAAAUGAUUUAAAAGAAAAUAAUAAUUCAAUUAAACAUUUUAAAAAAUCAGAAGAUUUUAUAAAUGGAAUUGAAAAUCUAAAUGUUUAUUUAAAUGAAAGUAUCAAUGUUGAAGAAAGUCGUUUUAUAAAUUUAACAUCAGAAAAUUCUCCUGAUUAUAUUGGUUAUCGUACAAUUGAAUUUAAAGAAGAAUUUAAAUCCGGUUCAUUUAUUAUUUUAAAAAUUUCACCUCUUCCACAAAUUCAUGAAAAAAUUAAUAAUAUUAAACAAAUAAUAAAACAAUUCUCAAAUUCCACAAGCCAAUUUAAUAAAAUAAUUAAAGAUUUAACAUUAAUCGAUCUCGAACGUGUUCUUUAUCGAACAUCAGCUGAAGAACAAUCGGAUGGAAAAGGUUUUGAUGUUUAUAUUAUACCUGAUUAUGGAAAACUUAAUUAUUGUGGUCUUCAAGCAAUUAUAACUAUUCUUGAUCAAAUUCGUUUAUUUAAUCAACUUAAACAUCCUUUAGUUCUGAAUUUAAAACAAGGAAAUUGGUUAAUGAAUUAUAUAUCAAAUAGACUUGAAAUUUAUUCAAACACAAAACAAUUAGGAGAAUGGUAUGAAAAUGUUUUUUCUUCUAUUAGUUUAUUAUCACGUUUAAUGGUUCCAGUUUAUUUUGAUUUAAUUAUUCGAAAUUCCUAUGAACUCUUAUUAGAACAUAGUUAUUCAUUAAUGACCCCAUUUAUAAGUCAAUCAUCAAAAUUUGUUCGUCAACUUUCUCAAUCAUCAAUACAAUUAAUAAGUAUUAUUAAAAAUGCACGUUUACCAUUAUUAUCACCUAAUUUACGUGAACCACGUCCAUCAGAAGAAAAAGAUGAACAAACACUUGAACGUAUUCAAUUAUGUUCAUCAUUAGCCGCUGGUUUUCCACAUUUUGCUUCUGGAAUAUGGAGAAACUGGGGUAGAGAUACAUUUAUAUCAUUACGUGGUCUUAUUUUAUUAACUGGUCGAUACGAAGAAGCUCGUUAUUUAAUAUUAUCUUAUGGUGGAUGUCUUCGUCAUGGUUUAAUACCUAAUUUAUUAGCUGAUGGUAAAGUAGCUCGUUAUAAUGCACGUGAUUCUGUUUGGUGGUGGUUAUAUUCAAUAUCAAAUUAUACAAAUAGUGUACCCGAUGGCUAUGAAAUACUUUCAGAUAAAGUUUCACGUUUAUAUCCAACACAUGAUAGUCCAGCACAAGUAGCGGGUGCGCACGAUCAAUUAUUAUAUGAUGUUAUUCACGAAGUUCUUUUACGUCAUUUACAAUUAUUAUCAUUUCGUGAACGUGGUGCUGGACAUUCUCUUGACUCAAAUAUGAAUGAUGAAGGUUUUAAUAAUCAAAUUGGUGUUGAUAGUAAAACUGGUUUUGUUUUUGGUGGAAAUCGUUGGAAUUGUGGAACUUGGAUGGAUAAAAUGGGUUCAAGUGAAAAAGCUUCGAAUAAAGGUCAUCCAGCAACACCACGUGAUGGUUCAGCUAUUGAAUUAAUUGCUUUAUGUCGUACAACAGUUUCAUGGCUUAUUCAUAUGAAUAAAGAAAAUUAUUAUCCUUAUGAUUCUGUUGAAACAUCUUCAGGAACUUCUGGAAAAACAAAAUUACUUUUAACGGAUUGGUUAAAUCGAAUUGAUGAAAAUUUUGAAAAAGAAUUUUGGAUUGAUGAAUCGAAUUCAUCGCAAUUUGUUAAUCGAAAACAAAUUUAUAAAGAUACAAUUAAUUCAACACUUCAAUGGACUAAUUAUCAAUUAAGACCGAAUUUUCUUAUUGCUGCUGUCAUUAUUUGGUUAGCAUUAAAACAAGUUGAAACAAUUCUUCUUGGUAAGUAUGGCAUAAAAGCUAUUGAUCCAAGUGAUUAUAAUUAUGUUGGUGAUUAUGUUAAUGAUGAUGAUUCAUAUGAUUUUAAACGAGCACAUGGUUUUAAUUAUCAUAAUGGUCCUGAAUGA